GGCCACCGCCCACCCCGUUACAGCAUGUAAACAGAGCCCGCCGGGAGGAGCCCCGGGACUGGAGGGAUCCCGCGCAGCCCGGCCCCGCCGCCCGCCUGAGAGCCCGCGGAGCUGCGCGCUACCCGGCCGGGAGGAGGGCGCCGGAGGAGAGGAGGGCGGGGGGCGGAGGGAACGGGAGGGGGGCGGCGGAGAGGAGGCUGAGGGAGCCGAGGGCGCGGCGGGCGCGGCGGGCCAGGAUGGAUUUCCAGCAGCUAGCUGACGUUGCGGAGAAAUGGUGCUCCAACACGCCCUUCGAGCUCAUUGCCACCGAGGAGACCGAGCGCAGGAUGGAUUUCUACGCGGACCCUGGCGUCUCCUUCUACGUGCUGUGUCCGGACAACGGCUGCGGGGACAAUUUUCACGUGUGGAGCGAGAGCGAGGACUGCCUGCCUUUCUUGCAGCUGGCACAGGACUACAUCUCCUCCUGCGGCAAGAAGACGCUCCAGGAAGUCUUGGAAAAAGUCUUCAAGUCCUUCAGACCUUUACUGGGGCUCCCGGAUGCAGAUGACGACGCGUUCGAAGAGUACAGCGCAGACGUGGAGGAGGAGGAACCAGAGGCAGACCACCCCCCCAUGGGGGUCAGUCAGCAGUAACCUUGCGAGGGCUCCCGUCUGACAAGGAGUGAGCCCCGUGGUACCCGAGGUGGGGUCGCGUGCUCCUGGGUCAGCUCUUCGGAACAGGACAUCUGACUCCCAGCUUCCGAUCGAAAAUGAAAUACCUUUUUAACAGACCACAACAUAUCUGGGAUGAGCUGUGCUCAGAAGUGACCUGCAUUUUACUCCCGUUCCAGUGGGUUUCUAUGGAGUUGUCUCGGUAGCCUUGGCCAUUUCGAAUUUAGAGUCCGUUGUGUGGCUGACCAUUCUCUCUUGAGUUUAGGUGGGAGAACUGACGUUCGCUGACUCGAAUAUAGAGAGCUCUUGAAUGUAUCAAGGAUGUGUUUUGGGUCCUCACAGGUGACUCGAUCGAGGGCAAGCAUGGCAGAGAAGAAAUGCAGCCUGCACUUUUACGUACCUUGUAAGUGUUGUGAGUGAAAGGUUUUGCUUAUAACGCAUGAGUUAUAAUGACUAGUCAUUACACUGCACAAGUGCAAGUACAAGGGCAGAAAAGGAUAAUCACUUAGCUUUGGGCGGAGAGAGUAAGGGAGGCAAGGAGCCUUUAAGCGUGCUGCCCUCACUGAGUUACCUGGAUACACGGCAGCUGGCUCCUGGCUGCAUAAACGUACCUGCGUGGUUAGUUAAUUCCAAACAUGCUAAUUCCAAAGCCACUUUUUAAAGUGUUAACAGUGGAAGAUAUAAAUGGGGUGCCAUCAGUUACCGAUUUCUUUCAAAUGUCUAUAAGCCGUCCCACAUAUGAAAUGCAGCAUUUACCUUCUCUCUUUAUAAUGAGACGGCAAGCUUGUUAAAUCAUGAAAACACCCAGAAUCCAAGGGCCACUUCGACUUUGAAGCCAUACAUUUAAUGGGAAAAUAAACCAGGAUAACAUUUUGUAAAAAUAUGACGGAAUCCUUUUUUCUUAAUCUGUCUUUGAUUCUUUUUCUAAAAAAAAAAAAAAAGUCAAGAAAAGGAUCCCACUGUAUAAUUUACCUAAAAAUUGUAAUCACGUGCUUCGAGGAAUCUCACUGCAGUGAAUUUGUAAAGGGAUACGAGCGUGGGAGUCUUCAUGGCAGGUUAGCGUGGUUCAGAGGGGAGUUUUAGUGAUCAGAACGCUCAGACAACUCACAGGAACAGCAGCGGUCCACCUCUCGGGGGUAUCCUUUGUUAUGCUCACCUGGACUCAUUGAAAAUAUUCAUUUUCUCGGACCCUCCUGCAUCUCUGGUUCUAACAACAUAGGAUGCCAAUUGCUGCUUUUACAGCAUUUCACUGAACGUAGCAUCUGGGGCGAGGAUGUUUUUAACAUGUGUACCUGUUAGGUUGUCAAAGUUUUAAUUUAAAAAAAAAAAGGUGGGGGGGAGCAGCAGCCGCAGAAGCCACAGGGCUUUGGGGAGUCUCGUCUGUCUUCCAGGCGCGUGGACGGAAACUUGCUUAUCACAGUGGUUUUUGUCUCAUUGGUGCGGCGGGGAGUGCGGCCGCUGGUGGUCAAACCAUGUACUGCAGUCUUACGUCAUCGGGUAAAAUAAGAUGGUGGUUUCUAUCAUGUGUGUAGCCACGUUUUUUCUUGUCUUGGGAAAAUGCAGUCCAAGUUCAUUUCAAGUAAAAUGAAUGUCCUCCCAGGGAGCCUGUUCACAAAACAAACCAGGAUGUGUCAUCCGGUGGGAGGAGGGUGCUCCGGGCUUUGCUCCUUCCUCGCCUGUGUUCCGACUGGCUCCGGGCCUGUGCACAGGUGUUUGGGGGGCUGUACCUGUGUAGGUGCUGCGCAGGUGUGGUCACCUUUGCUGUACCGCAACGGGCUGAGAGAAUGACUUCUGCAGCGGAAAUGAAGAGGCUUGACUAGCGUGCUCCAUUCAGAGGUAAACUGGAAUUUUGUACGUAGUAGAGAGGCUUAACGUCUAAAUUUGUAUAUGUUUGAAAACGCAAUGGACGUGGAUGUAAAAUGUAUUUUAUGAAAAAACUGUUUAGGUAUCGACCGAAUGCCGUUUGGUGUUCUCACGUGAAUGUUCUGUUCCUAAAAAGUGAGCUGAGACGGACUCAGCCAUUCCUUGGAGGGGGGGAGAAAUCUGGUCUUUGUUUUGCCCAGGGGUUGGGGAGUAGCUUCGCUGUGUGUUACAUAUGUUCCUGGAAGAACCCCGAAAGGCAUUAGCGAAUCAGAUCGUUUCCUCUAAAACGUCCUUUUCCCCCUGCACAACCUGCCAGUGCUUGCUGACACCUGUGCCCGUGUUCGGUUCGAGUGUGGCAUUCGAGGUGGCACCGUGCAGCAUGUCGCCGGGUCGGUCAGCAAGUCGAGUGGCCUGUCGCCUCUGUCACGGAAAUGGCUCCACGGCUGGACAAGCUGGGACUUCCGUAGACACAGAAACACACUUUCCAGGAGGGGACGUGGCGUGGUGGUGGGAGGAGCACUGACCCGGGAGUUAGGACAGGGACGUGGGUCCUAGCACGAACCCUGCCGGUGACCCCGGGACCUUGGGCAAGUCACUCACCCAGCCUGAAACAAGGGACGAUUCCCCUUCCUGCUUUAACCUCUGUUGUUCCACAACUGCCUUAUGAUGUGUGUGGGCAUGAGAAGCAACAAUGGAGACUUCAAGGGAAGUGAGCGGGAGAUGUAUUUAAAACCUCCCUGUCCCGAGGACCCUGGCCACCGGGCUACCUUAGAUUGUGCUUCUGCCGGUCUGUGAGUGUCCGAGCCCCCUCGGGCCUGGUCCUGAGGGGCUGAUGACACUGUUCCUUAGGUGAGAGUCAGGCCCCAGAAGGUAGAGAACAGACUCGUCUCAGUUGUCCGAGCUCUGCCUGUGGGAGGCAUGGUUUUAUUUGUGCCCCGCCAGAUUGCAGCUUUGGAAGUGGAAUAAGUUUAACUUCAUUGAGAGGGGAAAAUUGCAUGAAGCAUAGCUGGAAAUGGGUGACUUUCCCCUUUUUUGCCAUCUCAUGCAGAAGAGAGAGAACGUGUGGGUGUGAGUGUGUGUAUAGGCGUGUGCACAGGGGAGUGAGUGCUGUGGGUCGCUAUGGAAGUGUGCCUACGAUGACCUUACCCAGCCAGGUCCUGGGUUCGGUGAACCACAGAGACAUUUUUCUCACGGCCACUGGUUACUUCUCUCUGUCUGGUGAUCAUACCGAGUGGACUGGGGAAUCAGAGAGUGAAUUGUGGAGCCAGGGAGGGGGUGACACCCCACACGGUGCCUGCACACGGUGUCCACUGCAGUCCCCCAGGCUCAGGACAGCACGCAGUCCUUUUUGUUCUUCAGUGGCUAGAACACAGAAAGUCUCUUCCUUAGGAAUUCUCCCCGUGUCCUGGUGCAGAAUUAGGAUUCCAGUGUCCUUAAGUGGAAACUGCUCUCCUCUCGUAGUGACUGUCAUUUUCCUCGUGUCAGCAGGAGCCACUCUCUAGCGCAGUGACGUCUCCGAAUGUUGUUUCUGUGUGAUUGGAGCACAAAGUGUGUGGGCCGAGGGGGGCAGGCUGUGAUGGUAGAGCCUCGCUGGACUCUGCCUUGCUUAUGAAAAUGGACAAGUUGGGAACCGGUGGUACGAACCAGUCUCAUUUGCCCUGAUUCUGUAGGCAGGGAGGAGUGGACAGGACUUAAAUCUGGGGUGGGAGAAGGUGAGUAAGGGAGAAUGAAUGGGCGAAUUAGGGUCUGAUUCUUUAGAAAAAUAACAUUAAAAGCCAGGAGGCGGUCAGCAUGUUAGGUCCAGGAAAUCUCUUUUCAUGGCUAUGCCCCUUGGAGCCUGAGCCUGCUUAGCCCCAAGGGACUGCCUGCCCGUUGAGAGGUAAGGCCUGUGCUGGGAGUGGCUUUGUGGCUUUGAAAAUGCGCCCCCCCAGUCAAGGAGACAGCAGCUGUCCUGCAAAUCUAGGGACUCCUUGCCCUAGACAAGCCAGAUGUCAGCCAGGCCAGCCUGUCUUUCCAAAGUGCUAACAUAACUGAGAGAGGCUCCAAUCACAUGCCAGGCUGAACAUGAACCGAACUUGAUCUUGCCGUCAGCUGCAGAGGUCACAGUGGGUCAGCAAUGCCCCUCGCGCAGGCCCGAGGGCAAAGCCCACCUACUCCACUGAGCGUCACGGGUGUAGAAAGAGCACAGUUAAAACCCACGUGGGCCUCACACCCCACCUGCUCAGUCUUCAGUUUACCAGGGAAGCCUAGGUUUUUGUUUUGUUUUUUUGAAUUAAAAACUAAUCCUCUUCCAUAAAGACUCAAUCAGUUACCUUAGUUGUGUAAUACCAAAUGCUAUAACACAAAAGGCUAAAGCCAUUUAGAUUUAUACAGAAUAAUUCUAAAACUUGCCAGGACGCCAGUAGCUUCUGGUGUCCAUGGCAACGUGGUGUCCACAGUAAAAUCUCUAUAACCCACAUUCAUUGGGCAAAUUGUUAAUAAUCUGUUGUUUUUGAUAUAUAUAUUUUUUAAAUUUAGAUUACAAAACUGGAUGACCUAUGACCAUUUUGUGUUAGAAAGCCCGUUUAAAGCAUUAUAAGCCUGAAGAGGCUUAUACAGUUAAAAGCAGGCACCAGGCCACAUAAAAAUAAACAUUUGAUUUACCGAGAACUGUGAAUUCGAGUUGUUUAGUGCUGCAGAGGAAAGCAGACGGUCUGUCCUUUAGAAAACUGCCUUUCCCUGUUUUUUUUUUCCUUUGUUUCGUUAGAUUUAUUUUUUACGUUAGGUCCCUCUGGUAGCUGGGCAGAGGAAGAGAGGGGGCAGCACUCGGGACACGUGGCAGCUUUUCCCAGCUUUUCCGGGGACAGAGCGGAUCACCAGUUCUAAGCAGAUCUGAAACUGUCCGAGAACCAGUCUUAAUUUGCGUGUGAAAGCAGUUCAGCUGUCUCGUGAGAAGCGAAAGCAAGGAGGAGUCCGGGGGAACGGGGCGUCUCUUAGGCAGAAACAAAAAAAAAAAUGUUUCAUGCGAGGUGUGUAUGCUUUCUUUGCCUUUAUCUUUCCUUUCAAAGAAAUCUCUUGUAAAUGACCAAACUGUGAAAUGGGUUGCCAAACAUUGUUGCCCUUCGUUAGAUGCUUCCAGCGGUAUGAAUCCCCACCUGAACCCUGUCCACAUCCGCUCCUUUCUCCCAAGACGGGGAGAGGAUCUCAUCCGACGAUGUAAUUACCAUACGCUUGCUAUUAAAGAGCCUUCCAAACACUG